AGCUUUGUGAACCACAUGGAGAGACAGAGCUGUCUGGAGCGCCGAGACUUCUUCGUCUUGAAAUUGUUUGGACUUUUGAGGUAUUUCUGUUUCACCAAAAUGGAUGUGAUUUCCGGGAUGCAGAAGAUGUCAGUGGUGCAGCCGCCAGCGGGAAGGGGUGCGGUGUGUCUGACAUGUAAAGGGAUCUGCUCUGGAUUCCAGCCACAUUCCUGGAGCAAAGCUUGCACUCAGUGUCACUGCAGCCAAGAAGACCACGCACCCAGCUCGGAUCUCGAGGAUGACUAUAAAAUGGGCCGAUUGUUGGCGAACUCCAAGUACGCCCACCUGACCACCAAAGUGAAAGGUGGAGAUGGCCUGAGGGUCUACAAACGUAACCGCAUGAUCAUCACCAACCCUGUGGUGUCUCGCAAAGACCCCACUUUCAACACCAUCACCUAUGACUGGGCCCCACCUGGCCUGACUCAAAAACUGGCCAUGCAGUAUAUGGAGCUUCUCCCUGAGGAAAGGCGGCCCGUGGCGGGCACGGAAGGGGCACUGUACAGGCGCAGGCAGUUGAUGAGGCAGCUCCCUGCUUACGAUCAGGACCCGUCACAGUGCCACAGCUUGUCGGAGGCUGAAACCAAAGCUAUGGCUCAGUUUAUAAAAAGUUAUAAGGAGGAGGUGUUGGGAGUGGGGGAGGUGGCACUGCCAGGAGAGGGAGGAAUGCCCAGAGACAAUGGUGGAAAACAGAAGAAUGGGAAAGAACAGCCAAACCCAGAGCCCACCACCAACGGCACGCUGGAAGAGAAUGGCAAGAAGAGUGAAUAUCACUGUAGCGGUUGUGGGCAGUUGGCAGCCCCGGACAGUCCCGUCGUGUACGCAGAGAGAGCGGGAUACGAGCGGCUCUGGCACCCUACCUGCUUUGUGUGUGUGGAGUGUGGCGAGGCGCUGGUUGAUCUGGUGUACUUCUGGAGGAAAGAGAGUCUGCUGUGUGGCCGGCAUUACUGCCAGAGUCUGAAGCCGCGCUGCCCGGGCUGCGAUGAGCUGAUCUUCUCAGAGACCUGCCAUCAGGAAAAUGGCCAGGCUUGGCAUAAGGAGCAUUUCUGCUGCUGGCAGUGUGGCCAGAAUCUUCGCGUUCAGUGUGGCUGCACCAAAAAAACCCAAAAGUGAACGCACCAAGCUGACGAACCAACCUGCUGAGUGGAAGCAGAAGGCCAGUUUGGAUAUACUGCAUCGUUUUUAGCCCAUUCUUCCGACCUGACGUGCCAUCCAGACUGUAUCUCCCUACUAUAUAUGAAUUAUAAAUAGGAAUAGAAAUGACGUCACACCAUUAAUUUAGACAGUGGUGGCAGUUAUAUCUAAAUAAAUAGUGUAUGUGUAAAGAAAGUGAACUUUUCAUUAGUUCAAGUGUAAAUCAUAAAACGCCUGAUCCUAACUAACCCCAGCCACCCCCCCCCCCCCCAAACAAAAAAAAGCUCCAAGGUGGUAUUAGGAUGUUAUGGAGAAUUAGUAAAAAGAACGACCCACGCCUGAGUGUUUAGAGAAAAACCAUACUGCACUAAUGCUUCACGUCAUUAUAUAAUGCAGUCAUGGGUGCAACUUGGCUGAGAACGAGAGCUGAUGUGAUGAUGAACAUGAUGGACCUUUAGGGCUGAGACCUGUUUGCAUCAUACAUCUGGUUAAUGCAGCACACGAGAGCACGUGGAUGACUCGUAGAUGAGCUGCGGGUUUGUCAGAAACAACUAGAAGUGAUUAGACUGUGAGCUCAAAGCAUAAAGUGACCCUGUUUUUCCUUCACUGGGUGACAGACACGUUUGAAAUGACAGACAAGAUCAAAAUUUCAGACUCAGCAAACGAAACAGAAACAGAGAAAGAGAUUGUAGAAAACAAUUAACGCCAACUGUUUUGGUGCGAGGCAGAGGUUCUGGGCGGAGGGAAAGGUUCCAGCUUCCUCUCCAGCCGAGCUGUCUGGAGUUUCACAAGCGGCCGUUUGCUGGUGCUGUCAGAGAUAAAACAGGUCCUGUCUCGUAUAAGCAUGUGGGUAAGAGUUCAUGGAGUGAAUGCAGCCUAUGCGCGAGGGUGUUUCACGCGAGUGUGUUUGUAAAUAUUUCAUAGCCCUGACACUUAGGGCCUGAGCUAGGAUUCCUGUAAUGGUGGGAGUGUUAGAUUGCAUAAAGCCACGAUUUAUAUUACGUGUCCUUAAGUAUUGUAUAAAUAAUUAUCUAACAAUUUAAGUACAAAUGAUUAGAAUGAAGUACUUGUAUUAGAUUUAUGUACGGUCCCUUCCGAAAUUAUUGGAACGGCAUGGUUUCAACUUUUUUUAUUUUUGCUGUAGAUUGAUGACAUUUUGGGUUUGAGAUCAACAGAUUAAUAUAGAAUUUCAGCUGUUAUUUCCUGGGGGGGUGUGUGUGUGUGUGUGUAUGUGUGUGUGUUAAAUGACAUCGAACAGCACAUUUUGUUUCAGACCACCCAAUUUGUAGGCGAGCAAAAAUAUUAGAACAAGGUGUUUCUUGUUACCCAGCUGUGUCCUGUUAGAUUGAUUGAUUGUUUAAACAAUAACUAUCUCUGAACAUCUACUCUUGGUUUUAGUCUUCAGUUUCACCUGUGAAAACUGCAUUUGUUGUUAAAAAGGAAACACCAACAUGAAGAUCAGAGAGCUGUCUAUGGGAGAAAAGGAAGCCAUUUUGAAGCUGAGAAAAGAGAAAAUCUUUCGGUGUAUAGCACAAACAAAUGAACUGGCUAAAACUGUUCCAAUAGUUUCAGAAGGGACUGUACAUGAAAGUACUAGUCAACUGUUUAGAGACACUGAAUUGAAUAUGCACUCACCGGCCACUUUAUUAGGAACAUUCAAGGAGUUAUCCAGUCAGCCAGUAACGUCAGACGAGAGCAAUAGCCAGACUGGUUUAAGCUAACAGGAAGACUAUGGUAACUCAAAUAGCCAGUCUUUACGACCGCGGUGAGCAAAAAAGCAUCUCAGAACGCCUAACACAUAGAACCUUGAGGUCAGCCAGUCUACGUUGGCAGAAGACCACAAUAGAUUCCGGUUUUGCUGAAGCCGUGCCCGCUGUAGCCUCAGAUUCCUGUUCUUGGCUGACAGGAGUGGAACCCGAUGUGGUCUUCUACUGUUGUAGCUCAUCUGCCUCAGUAUGUGAUGUAUUGUGUGCUCUGAGAUGCUUUUCUGCUCACCACAGUUGAGACUGUUCUGUAUAAAGUGUACAUCAAACUCAUACCAUCUGGCAUCAACAACUAUGGCACGGUCACCAUAAAGCAGCAUUAAGUACAUCAAGUAUAUUUGUAAUACUUAAGGACGCUUAAUAUAAAGUUUACAGUAUAAAACUGUGUGUGUAUGUGUUGAAGGAAAUCUUUAUUUCCCUGCCUAUGACGUUUAUUUCUCUGUGAGAUAUAAAAUCCAUCACAAUCAUCAGAUUUCUGCAACACCAGCCACAAGCAGCAGUCCUGGACUGGAAUUGCGUCCAAGCCUGAGCAGUUUGGAUUUCUGGCAGUAAUGUAACCCAUAUCAUAUCGCUGCUGUUUUAAAUGUUUAUACAGAUGUUUCAGUUAAGCUUUAGAGAGAAAAUAAAUGCCUUACAUGUGAAAA